AUGGAUAGCAUUCCCAACCACGACGUUAAACUACUGAUCGGCGACAUGAAUGCGCAAAUUAACAACAGCAGACACGGUAUGGAACACGUAAUUGGUCCUCAUGCAACGGCACGCAAAACAAAUGGCAAUGGAGAACGACUUAUCCUGUUUUGCAGCAUGAACAAUUUAUGUAUUGGAAAUACAUACUUUGCACACAAAAACAUCCACAAGAAAACAUGGCGUUCGACAAUACAAGAUGUACGGGCAUAUAGAGGAGCUGAUGUGGGACCAGAUCAUCACCUUGUGAGGGCCUCCCUAAAACUUCGAUUCAAAAGAAAUCAGCAAAGACAAACAGUGAAAUCAUAUGCGAUUGAAAAACUGAAAGAUUCACAUACUCUCAUACAAUACCAGAUAACGAUCAAAAACAGAUUCGAACAGCUACAAUACAUCACUGACGUUGACAAACAUUGGACGAAAUUCAAACACGCAGUAGCUGAAAGUGCAGAAAAGACAAUUGGCCGAAGAAGAGGAACGCAGAAAGAACGAUGGAUACGCGACAACACAUGGCAACUGAUCGACGAACGAAAGAUGGCAAAAAUCCAGCGCGAUCAGGCAAAAACAACAGACGAACAACAAAUAGUCACAGCCAAAGAACUCACAGGAUCACGAAGCAAUUGUAACGUCCCAAUCAAAGGCAAAAAUGGCAAAAUUUUACUAACAAAAGAAGAACAAGACGCACGUUGGAUCCAACAUUUCCAAGAAUCUAUAAAUCAACCAAAUCCAACUACAAUCUUUGACUUUGCGAACUUUCUCAACGCCGAUAACAUAGAAGCAAACCUUGGUACAAUCACCGAAGCAGAAACCAGGAAAGCGAUAGCGAUGCUAAAGAACAACAAGGCUCCCGGAGUCGACUAA